AUGGAUAAACCGUUACCGAGGAUUGUUGAUGGUAUUCAACUACCUAGUCUACCUUUCUAUGAUCCUUCAAGAGCCACCAAAGCAACAGCAGCAGCAAUAACAUUGCCUCCCAUUCCACCUGUUCCAACAUCAUCCUCCUUGGGUUCAGCCUCAGCCUCAGCUUCAACAUCAGCAACAACUCUAACCUCAUUACCGGGUUCCGUUCACCCGGACCAAUUCACUAGAUCCAAUGUACAGACUGUGAUCCAUUUGAUAACUCAAGAAUUGAAAACCAAUGGUACCAAAACACCGCACAUCUUUUUGCCGUUUAGAUCGAAAGUAAGUGACUCCAAGUUGAGUAAGUUCUUGUCGUUGAUUGCUCCACAAGGGAUCAUUCUACAAGACUCCAAUUCAAUUGCCAAAAUAUGCUCAGAAUCGGAUGAAUUCACGCUUAUUUCAUGCUUGAAAUACUUUUGGUCAAGGUUACCAAACAACGAAAUCAUUGGCAUUGAUGUUUACAACGAGUUCAAAAAAAGAGAAAGUGAACGCAAAUUCCCCAAAAAUGCGUUUUUGACUAUAAUGCCCAAAUGUUUGAAAUCUCAAGCUCAUGCGUCCAUUGUACAUGACUUUUUGGAUUUGAUAUUGAGCUUGAUUUCAAAUUCGCAGUUUAACCACCUCAAUGGUAGGAAAAUCAGCAUGAUGGCCAGCUUUUGGGCGUUCAACACGCGUUCAACUACAAGUUCAAAAGAAGCUGAUUUUAUGGAAGGUAUCGAAAAUUGGAAGAGCUACUCAAUGGCACUAUUCCAUUUGGUAUUAUCGUUUUUACGUUCAAUGCUUCCGGAAAAGAAUUCAGAGGCUUUGCAAUUGCCAAAGUCGCUACAAAGUAUACUAGUUGCAACUCAAUAUCCUCCUGUUGAAAAAGAAAACUAUAGACUGAUUACUAUUCCAUGUUUAUCAGUAUCCACAAACAAGCCUUCUUCCAAUGCCUAUGAUUUACUUGGUAAAGUUCGAAAGAAUUUAUCAUUCGACAAGAAUGACAUUUCAAAAGAAAACUACACCAUUUUGAAGAAUGUGUUUUCUAAAAGGACAACAAAUGAUAUCAUCGAUACUUUUACCGAGGAAUCGAAACGAGUAUUGGCACGAAUAACAGCUGAGCAGUCGACAAAUGAAUAUGGCUUGAGACCAGGAUGGGCUAAACCGGGGCGCGGCAAACAAGAGGAUCUCCCGCUUGUUUCAACUGUCAGCAUCAAAAACGUCACCAUUCAAGACUUUUACGUUUGGACAUGGUUGGCUUCACUUGCUAGCGACCAGCCCGAACUGGUCAAGUCUGCAUUUGGAAGGUCAAUUGUAAUGGAGGCGAGUGUCUUGGGUUUCCAGAAAUGGGUCGUGGUGACUGAAAAGAUGAUGGACAAGAGAGUUUAUAACAAGCUCUCUGAACUGCAAUAUAUGCAGACCAAAUUGGCGCUAACCAAGACGUACAAGGAUCUCCCACUCCCGCCACUUCCCAAUGAAAAAAAUCAACUGGAGGAGGAAGAACAACAACAGCGUCAAGAUGAGGACCCCCUGAAUAUACUGCAGAUCACGUCUAGUCGGUCCGGAGACGUAAUCGCAGUUUACGAAGAAAUGGGCAGUCUGAUUGCUGACGAUUCAAGUUAUAUCUACCCAACUUCGGUGACCACUGAAGAUGUUCGAAAGUUAGAAUCUGACAUGGGAAAAAAAUUGAGUUUGCAGUAUGCAAAAGUUAUUGAGGAUAAUCAAGAUAACGAUCAUGAAAAUCAUUUUGGUGCCCGAGGCGUUCCCACCCGCAAAGCUCCGCCGGCAGGUCAUCAUCAAUCUCGUGGGUCGCAAUAUCUGAGCAAGAGAGGCUCGUCAGGGGAUGAGACUUUUUCACGGACCAAUACCGUGGCCUCGUCCCGUGAAGAAUUGGACUUUUCCGCGUUUGAUGGUAAAAAUGUUGACUCGGGCCCCACUAUUCAGCAGAUGGGUGAUUUUGAUCAAGAUAAACAGCGAAGGAAGGAAGAAAAGAAGGCGAAAAAGCAUGCAGAAGCUGCUCAACUUGCUGCUGCUCAAGCUGCCGGGUUCCCCUACGCUGUGGUACCACUAAAUGAUAAUAAUGAUAAUAAUAUGGUGCCUCCGCCAUCUAUGCAAACUAUACCUUACGGAAACGACACCAGAGUCCCACACUUGGACUCUCCAGAUACAUUAAAACGCAUGUCGAAUCCUGUGGACGUAAACGUUCCAUCAGAUUCAACAAAAAACCUCCCACUUACCUCACCGGUGCCAACAUUCAUGUCUCCCAUGACACAGUAUCAAGACCAGUCGAUGUUUGGCUUUGUCGCGUCCCCCACGGACUCUACGCGGUGGACGGGACAUCAUCGAAACUCUGCCCACCAAUAUUCACUGCGAACCUCGUACGCGUCAAUGGGAAGCCGAGAGUCGUACGUUUACCACAAUCCAAGCGCGUCUCCAGAAAGAAACCGUUUAUCUUUACCAAACUCGUCGCAACAGGGUCAGCACCCAUUGUUGAAUUCGAAUGAGGGGUUAAAUCUGAGGUCAGAGGAUGCAUUUGCAAGUCCUCCACAGAAACGAAGCUCAGCACCGCUGGGUCAAACUAGCCAGCCCAUGUCUAUGCACAGCCAAAUACCUCAUCCUAUGAUGUACCAGUACAACAAUCCAAAUCAAUACAUGCCAACGCAACAGCCGAUGCCUAUGAAUUUUAAUCCUGGUGAAAUGACACACCAGUACUACCCACAAUACUCGCCAACACCACAACAUGGGGCAGCGCAUUUCCACCCUUCGCCAACACCACAACACGGGGCAACGCAUUAUCAGUUCUCAAGAAACCAUCCUCACAACAUGACCCCGACCAAAAACGGUCAUGACGGACCUGCUUUAAAUGUGGCCCCAAUAGGAGUUAAGCAUGAUAAGAACAAGCCUACUAACAAGGCAAAUUUAAGACAAGCAUUAAUCAAUGGAGACUUUGGGAUAUAA